AUGACAUCGUUCUUGCUGCUGCUGGCGGCCGUUGUGCUGCCUUGUGCCGCCAUGGACAUGGACAUGGGUGGUGGAGGCACCCCGUGGCUCGACACGCCCGUCAUGCUGCACUCAUCGCGGGAAGACAGCUGUGAAAUGACGGCCGAGCAAUGCGCCUACAGAAGUGGGUUUUGGAGAUACUGGUACAAGGCCGACUACCGCUUUGCGCGCACCACGGUUUACUUCAUCCUCGCCGUCAUUGGCCUCUUCACCAUCGGCAACAUCGUCUCCAGAGUCACCCCUCAAUCCGUCCGACGUAAAGGCUUCUGGCGCCAAACUCAAGCAUCGCUGCGUUACGUGGGAUAUCGGGCUUACCGCGUUCGCGUCUUCGACUGGUACUCUCCUUCGCUGGCCUAUCUGCUCGUCGGUCUUGCCGGCGCCGUCUUCUUCUUCGCCAUGACUCUUGGCCCGCAGCCCUACUAUUGGCCAAACACAAAGGAUGGUUCCGUCUCUUAUGGAUCGUCGCCACCCAUCGCAACCAGGACUGGCUGGAUGGCAGUCGGCCUGCUCCCGUUUGUGGUUGUGCUGGCCGCAAAGGCCAACUGGGUCACAGCCUUGACCGGCGUCUCGCACGAGAAACUCCAGGUCUUCCACCGCUGGACCAGCUACGCCAUGUUCGUCCUCGCCCUCGUCCACACAUUCCCCUUCAUCAUCUACCACAUCUGGUACGGCGACAUGGUGAAGAAAUGGAAGACGGACAUGGUGUACUGGACCGGCGUCGUGGCCCUCAUCUUCCAAACCUACCUCACCGUCAUGUCCUUCGGCCCAAUCCGAAACCGCUUCUACGAAUUCUUCAAAGCCACCCACUUCACCGCCGCCCUCGCCUUCAUCAUCUUCUUCUUCUUCCACUGCGACUUCCGGCUGACAUCCUGGGACUACUUCAUCGCCACCGCAACCCUCUACCUCUCCUCCCUCGCCUUCGCCCGCCUCCGCGCCGCCCUCGCCCGCGGCUCCGCCCACCGCGCCCGCCUCGCCCCCCUGCCCAACGCCCACCUCGCCAUCUCCGUCCGCCUGCGCCCCGCCGACGUCGCCCGCCAGGCCGUCCCCGUCGACUUCGUCUGGCGGCCGGGCCAGCACGUCUUCUUGCGGUUCUUUUCUUCUUUUUCCCCGUCGUCGUCGAUGUCGUCCGGACUGGGGUGGUGGUCGUGGUUGUCGUGGUCCGGGCAUCCGUUUACCAUCUGCUCGCUGCCGCCGCUGUCCGCGUCAUACGGCGACGAGACGAUGUCGUCGUCGUCGCCGCCGACGACUCGAGUAGAAGUCGGGAAAACCGGGGAGAAGAUGACGAUGACAACGACGGCGACGACGGCGACGACGGCGAUGGUGGUGCCUGACGAUUUCAAUGGGGAUCCCGUGCUGCGGUUCGUGGUCAAGCCGCAGGCGGCGGGCGGCGUGACGGCGCGGCUGUACGAGAUGGCGCUCGAGGGCGCGGGUGGUGCUGCCGAGGUCGGCGUGAUGCUGGACGGGCCGUAUGGCGGGGUGCGUCCCGGGCGUGCUGCUGGGGGCGGAGGCGGCGCCCCCGGGUCUGACGAUCGUGUUGCGCGGUCACGGCUUGCUGGGUUUGAUCGCGUGCUCGUCGUCGUGGGUGGGUCGGGGGCUGGGUUUUCGAUGCCGGUGGUGGAGGAGGCGUUGCGUGUGAGUACCAGUAGCAGCAGGACUGGGAAGGGAGGGGAUGACGUGAGGAAGAGGGAAGUCAGUGUCGUGCUCGCGACGAGGGACGGGAGGACCCGGGCGUGGUAUUCUGCCGAGAUGCGCGCGUUGCUGGAGCGGUACGGCGUCUGCGCUGGCGGCGACGGCCAUAUCGCGGUCAAGGUGGCGGUGCAUGUUACCGGCGAAGCCGAGGCGGACGAAGAGGCGGGGGUUGAGACUGCGGCUGAGGAGAAGAGGGAUGAUGGCGUCGUUGCGUGGAGGCGGGGCAGGCCGCAGUUGAGGACGGUCGUCGAGGAGUAUGCGGCUGAAGCGAAGGGCUUGGCCGUUGCUGUUGCUGUGUGCGGACCCGCGGGGAUGCUGUAUGAUGUGAGGAAUGCGGUGGCCGAGGUGCAGAAGGGCGUGCUGAGUGGAAAGGGAGCAAGUGAGGUGUACCUGCAUACCGAGCAUUUUUCGUAA